CGAGGCCGGAAGAGCAGAAGGCAUACUAGGGUCCCAGGGGCAAGCCCUUUGCCCAGGGCGCGGCGGCAUGGAGGAGGCUGGGGCCCCGGCGCCCAUCUGCCGGUUCUACCUGGAGGGGCGCUGCCACUUCGGGGCACGCUGCCGGCUCCCCCACCCCGGAGCCGGAGCCGGGGCCGGGGCCGGGGCCGGGGCCGAGGCUCAGCCCGGGCCGCAGUCGGAGCCCGAGGGUAAGAAGCCCUCCAUGAAGACCGCCCAGGCGGUGAUCGACCGCAUCCGCUGGGACCCUCACCUGGACCCUGCCGAUUUCUCCGUGGGCUACCUGGACCGCUUCCUCGGGGUGCAGGAGGAGCCCUUCACCGCCUUCUGCUGGGACCUGGAGCUGGCCGCGCUCGGCCCCGGGGUGCUGGCCGUGCCCCAGCACCGCAUCCGCUACUUCCGACACCGCGGCCGCCUCGUGUGGGACCGCGCCUCCCGCACCGACCUCGUCUUCGGCUCGGCAGCGGGCCGCGGGACCACCAUCCUGGACGGACUCGCCGCGGCCGGCGCCCCGGGCGACGAGGGGCCCGGCGGCCCCGAAGAGGAUGACGGGCCCGGAGAGGCGGGAGCGGCCAGUCGGCCCGGGACGGACCUCUGGCCGAGCAGCAGCUCCCAGACUGGGGGAGGGACCCCCGACGGCAGCGCGGGGCCAGAGCUAGAGACCACGCGCGACGCGGAAGGCCGCCAGGGACCCCGGCCCACGCAUUUCGUGGCCCUAAUGAUAACUGACCGGGAGCUUCGGGAGGCCGUGGCCAGCGCCCAGGCUCGCCUGCUAGCCGCAGAGCCCUCCACGGGCAGCAGCCUGGUGGGUCUCGAUGCCCUCCACCUUACUUUGGUCUUGCUGCGCCUGGCAGGCCCCGGGGAGUUGGCUGCGGCUGCGGGGGCACUGAGACGCUUAGUCUGGGCCCCCAACUUCCACUACCCAGCGGCCGUUCAUUUCCAGAACUUGGCUUGUUUAGACCACAGAAUCAUCUACUCUGUCCCAAGCCCUGGCCUCGAGGGCUUGGCUCAUGCCUUGGCGCAGGAGUUGAAGGCUGAAGGGCUUCAGGUUCUGGAGCCCACAAGCCAGGAGCUGGGUCCUCACCUCACUUUGGCCAAACUGCCAAGGGGAAGCCCUGGGCGCUUGUUCCUGCCGGAGGCCCAGGGCGGAACAAGGCUGGGCAGCCAAGUCGUGGACGGGUUUCAGUUGUGCUCUGUAGGUGGGCUGCAAGGAACUGGGGGCCGCUACUCCCCAUUGGCCCAGAUCCCCCUCAGUCCCCGCCCCCAGCCCGAGGCGCUCAGCUCUCAGCUGGCCUUACCCAGCACACCUUGAGGCAGCCAGCUAUCCUAGAGGGGCCUGGGGAACACCAAGAGGAGGGGGCAAAGAAAGCACACUCAGAA